AAGAAUGAUAAGAAAAUGAAGAUAAAAUAGAGAUAAAAGUUAAAACACAUAAUUCUUUCAUCCUUCUUAAACCCUAAUUCCUCUUCUCCCUCGUCUGCAUCUUCAAUUCCGGAGUUUGGGGACACAAUAACAGAUUCAAGCAAAGGUCUGAAAUUUUGAAAUUGUUGCCGAAAUCAUAUUUAUUUAAAUAUGCCUGCAUCUCCCGAUUGCUACAUUGUCGCCUUGCCUUGAGGAGUUAAAUCAUCUGACUCAAGGGCUUUGCUUUUUGGUGUUAAACAGAAUGAGUUUGAUUGCGAAAUUGAGGCAUCAUGUAUGGUCUCCUUGUUGUGUUAAGGUAAUUGGGGUGAGGACUAGACAUUUCACUCAAACUACAACAUCGCGAGAUGAAGUAGUAGAAUUCGACCAAAGAAUGCUCCCUGCUGAUUAUGAUCCUGCAACUUUUGAUCCCACGGACCACCGUGGCCCUCCGACCACGAGGGUUUGGAGGCUUGUUGAUCAAGUGUGUGGACUCACACUUGCUGAGUAUAACCAACUCUCCACCAUAAUGAUGGACAAGUUCUGUUUCAUAAUGAUGAAGAAGUUGACGAUGAAGGAGAGGUUUGAGAUCAUGGCUCGAAUCCAAUGUGCUGGCGCAGAGGCUGCAGCAGGGAAGGAAGAAAAGAAGCCUGAAAAUGCGACAUUUGAGCUGAAGAUGGAGUCUUACGAAGCAGCUUCAAAGCUCAAGAUAAUCAAAGAGCUUCGAACUUUUAUGGACCUCGGACUGAAAGAAGCCAAGGAUUUGGUGGAGAAGACACCCGCUGUUCUUAAAAAGGGAGUCUUGAAGGAUGAAGCAGAGAAAAUUGUUGAGAAGAUGAAAGCCCUCGGGGCCAAAGUCAUUAUGGUAUGAGCUCUGUCUCUCUUGUGAGAAAUCUUGUAUGCAUAAUUAUGAGCAUAGAGAUUUGCUUCCCAAUAAAAUUUGUGAAGUUUUGGUUUUCUUUACCUAUUGACUAUUGAUGGGAUUUCUUCCCUUGGUUUAUGAUUUCUGACUGAUUGUGAACAAUGCAAAAAUUGAGUUUUUUCAUUAAUCUUGCAUGCUUCGAUA